AUGGAAGACAAGAGUUCCUCUGGCGAUAAAGCCCUGGGCGUUCAAGAGUUGGGGGACUCCAACACGUCCAUCAGUGAACAUAAUGGCACCACUGCGAGGGUUGAUCUCUCCGAGUACGGUAUCCACCGAGGCCUGAAAUCACACCAUAUUCAACUGCUCGCUAUCUCUGGGGUCAUCGGUACCGACAUCGGCCGGUUUGUCGAUGAGAGUGCUGGCGUGGCUAUGGGGUGGGUGUAUGCAUAUAGCAUGAUAUUUACCGCUGCCGACUGUACUGCUUUGACUGGACUAUGGUCGUAUUGGUUUCCCGAUAUCAACCCGGGAGUGUGGGUAGCCGUCACAUUGGUGGUGGUCUUUUUCUUGAACUGCCUUGCGGUCAAGUACUUUGGCGAGGCUGAAUUUUAUGCAUCAAUAUUCAAGAUCUUCUUGAUCAUUGGGUUCCUUCUGUUCACCUUCAUCGUUGUUGUUGGUGGCAAUCCGAAACACGAUCGAAUCGGCUUUCGCUAUUGGAAAAACCCUGGUGCAUUCAAUGAGGCAUACACCACCGGUACAACAGGUCGAUUCCUCGCCAUUUGGGGUGUGUUUAAUACUGCAGCCUUUGCCAUCGGCGGCCCGGAUUUUAUUGCAAACUGCGCGCCAGAGGCAGAGAACCCUCGUCGAAAUAUUCCGAAGGCCGUCAGAAGAGUCAUUUACCGAUUGAUUGUAUUCUUCAUCCUCUCCGUUUUUGCGGUCGGUCUACUCGUCCCAUACAAUGACCCUACCAUGCUUACGGCUAUUGCUACGGGUAAUGGAGUUGCCAAGUCACCAUUCAUCAUCGCCAUGAACAGACUAGAGAUCCCGUUCCUACCCGAUCUUUGCAAUGCAGUCGUCAUUACCUCUGCAUGGAGCUGCACCAACUGUUUGCUAUUUCAAGCUUCACGGACUGUCUUUGGCCUCGCCAAACAUGGACGUGCACCAAAAAUCUUCGCGAAGACAACCAAGAGUGGCGUACCGUUGCCUGCUCUGAUACUCUCGAUCGCCGUUGCAUCCCUUGCUUUCAUGACAUGCAACACUGCCUCCGCUGUUGUUCUGAACUGGUUCAUUAAUCUUGGCUCAACUGCCAUCAUGAUUGCUUACAUUCUGAUGAUGGUUGCCAAUUUGCAAUUUCAUAGAGGACUCAAGGCACAAGGAAUCAGCACAGCAACUCUUCCCUUUAAGAGCAGACUUACACCUUAUUCCAACUAUUUUGCUAUCUUUUGGGUCAGCAUCAUUCUUAUCACUAAUGGAUACGGAGUCUUCAUCAAGGGCCAUUGGAGUUUUUCAGGCUUCUUCACCGCCUAUUUUACAAUCGUCCUGUUCUUGGUUAUAUACCUUGGAUGGAAAAUCGUCAAGCGCACCUCUUUCAUCAAGCCCCAGGAUAUGGACUUCCAGACUGGUAUGGCUGAAGUGGAGGCCCAUGAGGCAACAUUGACCGUCAAAGGUCCAGUAACUCGUUACGAGAGGUUCAUGGACUGGCUCUGGUAG